UAUAUAUUUGUAGUUUACCGAAGCAGUAUGUACCGUGCUGUGAGAAUUUUGCCGACGAGUGCCAAGUCUUACCAUCUCAGCAUCAACAGAUUUUCGGAGAGAUCAUCCACAAUCAUGACAGAUAAGCCGUACCCAAGAGUUUGUGACUACUAUGCGGGAAGAUCUGUGUUUAUCACUGGUGGAACUGGUUUCCUUGGAAAGGUUUUAAUAGAGCGCUUACUGUACAAUUGCACUGAAAUUGAAAAUAUAUUCGUAUUAAUAAGGCCAAAGAAAGGAGUUAGUACGCAAAAACGGUUGGAAGAAAUGACCAAUGUGCCGCUUUUUACAAAACUGAAACAAACAAGGCCAGACGAUUUGAAAAAACUAGUUCCGGUAGAGGGAGAUAUCACAGCCCCCGAACUGGGCAUAAAAUCACAGGAUGAGGAAACACUGAUUAAUAAGGUUUCCGUUGUAUUUCAUUCUGCAGCAACAGUGAAAUUCGCAAACACAUUUAAAACAACAAUGGAUGCCAAUGUCGGUGGUACGCGGAAAGUCUUAAGCUUAAGCAAGAAAUUAAAGAACAUAAACAAAUUCGUAUACAUUUCAACGGCAUUUUCAAAUCCGGACAGAUUAGUAAUUGAUGAAGUAUUAUAUGAGCCCUCACAAAGAUUGAAAGAAAUUGGAAACUACUAUGACAACCAGAAAGAGCAUAAUAAAAAAGAACUCAAGAAGCUUCUAGAUGGCAUGCCGAACGCUUACACAAUAUCUAAAGCAAUUUCUGAGCACAUAGUAAGCACAGAACGGGGAAAUAUGUCUGUAAUAGUGGUGAGACCAUCAAUCGUGACACCUGUAAUAAAAGAUCCAUUGCCUGGUUGGGCGGACACCUGGAUAGCAGCAACGGCACUGUUUAGUGAUAUGGCUCGAGGGCUAAUGACCAUAAUGUAUGGUAACGAACACAUUGUUGGUGACUUAGUACCUGUGGAUUAUGUUUGCAAUUUUACAAUUAUAGCAGCCGCUCAGAGCAAACCUCGGUCUGAUGAUGUCCCAGUUUACAAUUUUAGCACCAGUUCUGUAAAUCCUAUUACAUAUAAACGUGCAUGUGGUCUGUUUGUUAAAGAAGCGAAAAAUAUAGGAUACAGUUCAAGAGUUCCUGAUAAAAUAUUGCAAACAGAAUCAGAUUUAGUUGCUCGUACCGUAGUGUUACUACAUCAAUAUAUUCCGUCGUUUUUCAAAGAUAUUGGACUUCGUGUUACGGGAAGGACACCAAGGUACCUCCAGGAAAGUAAGCGCAGUUCCUUACUCCGUGAACUCCUGAAGCCGUUUACCACAACCUCAUGGCUUAUAAAUUCUCAAAACACUCAAGCACUGAUUGCGUCACUAGAUGAAAAGGACAAAACUAUGUUCUCUUGUGAUGUAUCUGAUAUUGAUUGGGAAAAGUAUAUGCCUAUAUUCUGUGCAGGCGUUAAGAAGUAUCUCAUAAAUGGUAAAGUUAAAUAAUACUGUGGCCGUAAAUAAUGUUAAGGUAAUAAAACAACAAAACUAUUCUACUUCGACAAUGUUUUGGAAUUUUGAGUCCAACGGUGAGUUUUGUAAGCAGGUCGCAAAGGUAUUAAAAUGUUAGCAGUCUUAUAUUUAAAUAAUAAUUAUAAAAUGCAGCGUGCUGCUACAACAAUUGUGGCAUUAAAUUAACACACAAGAACAACUAUCUAACAGUAAUCAUAAAAAAAAUUCUAAAAAUUAAAGGGAAAUAAUUUAAAGUUUCAAACAUACAGAUUAUGUUGUUAAAACUUCCGUGAGACAUUGUUUACUUAUUUAUUAAUACGGCUUAACUCAUGCUUUAUCGGUGUGGGUACCGACUAGUUUCAUAUCAUUCGGAGGUUCUUCAUCAGGGUGAGUGUAGUGGGUUCGCGAUAACGUCCCGUCUGUUACUGCGGACAUGGGCUCGUAGUGCGCGGCUUGACAGGGCGUGGGGUGUGUCACUAUUGGUGUCCACGGGUGCACCAAAUUUACUCACAAUAUCAACGUGAUCAUCGGCACUAUUGGUCUUAUUGCAACAAGCGUUUAGUAAUACUUGUUUCCAAGUAGGUGGCAGAGCCCAACCCUUGUCUCUAUUAAAAUUAGGUCGACGGUCGAUUUCUAUGGCAUUUAGCAGCUUGCGAGGCACAAAGUUUUUAUCGCGAGCCAAUAUUUUCACCCUAUCGAACCUAAUAUUUAAUUUUAGGGCAUGCUCUGCCACUGCCGAGGUGAUGAAGGACCUCCGAAUGGUCCGAAACUAGUCGGUAUCCUCACCGAUAAAACGUGAGUGAAGCCGUAUUAAUAAAUAAGAACAGAUUAUGUUUUUAAAAAAAAACGAUUACCCUUUCGUCUCCGCCGCGGCGAUGGACAAGUAGGUGUCAAUACCUACGCUAACACGCGGCUACUAGAUUACUCACAGGUUGUGCCGAGAUGAUAUUAUAGAAAAUUGGUUUAUUUAGGUGAAUUAUGCAUAAUUCAUUUUUUUUGAUCACAGCAGUGUAGUUCUACCCGUGCGUUCAUUUAGUGUCGACAUUAUAGCUCCACGCUGUUUUAGUAGGUCUUGACUAGCAGAAUGUCAGUUUGGGGUUGUGCCACUACAUUAUUAUUCUGCCUAAAAAAGAGAUGUACUUCUAUUGUCGGCAGAUUAAGUCGGUAUGGCUGCGAGUGUAAUUUAUUAAAGCUAACAGGUACAUGAGACUAGCGUGACGGGCGCAGUAUGAUGCAAUUUGAGUGGUUCUUGUUUAAUAAGUUAUAGUUUAGGUUUGUAACUAUUUAAAUAUAGUUGAAAACAUUGAUAUACCAAAUUAGAUUAUUGAUAAUAAAAAUAGAUAAUUUAAGUGUACUCAUUUUAUAUAUAUUUUAAUUUUAUUUAAGUAUUCAUUAAUGGCUUAAUUGGUUGGGUAAGAAGGAAUAAUUACUACUCAAAUUUAUUUUGUACCAAUUAAUUUAUAUCUUAUUACUUUUAUUACUCUUAUAAUCGAUAUAAUUUUUGUUAUUGUUUUUAACUGUAUUCUUCUCCUCUGGGAUUAAAUACAAAUUUCAUUUCUUCUAAAAUUUAUGGGCGAUACGGGAUUCAAACGCCCUAGCGCUCUUACCAAUCAAGCAAACCUUAUGAAUGACACAAAUGAUCCAUAUAUUUUGGUAAUUGUGUUCAUUUCAUAAUCACUAUUCCAACACAUACUGGGAUGUUUAUAUUUUCAUAUGAUAUACAUCUAAACAAUUAACUAUAUUUACUAGAAGAAAUAUAAGAAUAAUUGUGGAGCAUUUAAUUAACAAAGCUUAUUAAUUAGGUUUGUCAUAUUGCGCAAAAUAUUUUCUCUCUUGACUAUUCAAUGUUAAAUGUUAAAAAAGAAGUAGAAAAAGAAGAAGUAGAAAAGUAGUUAAAAAAUAACUAAAAAAACACACUAUUUUCUAAUUAAAAAUUAACAUCAAUUCCUGCCUUAAAGACGAUAGAUGAAAAUUAUAUGAAUUAACAAAAAUUUCAUUUUGUAUAUUGAAAAAUGUAAUAAUUUUAUCAAAUUAAUGUAUUGUCACUUGUCCUCGAUAAAUCUACGAAGUUUUAACGAAAUCUGGUCGCCCAAUGAGUCGGUUACAAACAAACAUACAUAUAGGUGAAGCUAAUAAAAAGCGUGUAAAAAUAGCAUUCUUUGCUUUGAGCUUAUCAUAAAUUAUUUUCUUUUUUAAUUUUUAGCUAAUCCAUAAUAUGAUGUACUUAAUAAUUCAGCUUUUAUUUCUCCCGCUAUUUAUUUUAUUAUUUUUGUGUUAUUUCUUAUUAUUUUAUUGUUUACUAAUAAAAUAUAUUAAGUAAAAUAGCUUUUUAAAAUAAUUAUGUAUUUUACUUAUGAUGAAAUAAAUAUAUUUUUGUAAUCGUUGUCACGAGAA